AUGAGGAAGAAGUACCGCGCCGACGGCUACAUACCGAGCGUGUACGAAAAGGUUCGGACGAGGGACAUGUUCGAGGUCGACGGUGAUGGCAAGGUGCUCCGCGACGCGGCCCUGCCGGUGGAAAAGGGCGUGUGGAGCAUUUGGCCCAUUGCGGGCGUCUACGGGGUCUUGAGCGCCUUGAAAGGUGGCGAUUAUCUGCGCAAGCGCUAG